GAUCAGAAGUCUUUCCCCUCGACAAGGGUUUGACAACCAUGAGCCAGCACUGCUGCUUAAGGGUAAGUAAUUCCAUCCCCUCUCGAGCCUCAAUAAUUGGAUAUCAGAGAUUUCAGUUCUGAUGGGAUAUGAUGGUGCGCUGUGGCUGUUGUUGUGAUGAAAGUAAUGUGCAUAAGGGCUUGGCUAAAUCGUGUAAAUAGAAGUUUAAGUAAUUGAAGUUGAUAUGAGAUAUGAAAAUGGUGGGCAAUAUCAAUGAAGUGAGGACGAUUUGUAUUGGCUAGAAUGAAUAAUUGUUAGAUGAAUUGCAUCAGGGCUUGGCUAAAUCAUGUAAAUAGAAGUUUAAGUAAUUGAAGUUGAUAUGAGAUAUGAAAAUGGUGGGCAACAUCAAUGAAGUGAGGACGAUUGGUAUUGGCUAGAAUGAAUAAUUGUUAAGCCAUACAUGCAUGAAUGAAUUCACGUGGGUAGUGGGAAGAUAAUGGAAAAGGUUGUCCUCCUUUGGGGGUUCCGAUGAAUUAAAAGGAAUGUCACUAACGAUGGGAAGUUAGCAUGAAUAAGUUGACAAGGCCAAAUUCUUCGUAGCAAAUCUUUUUGGAUUGCAUUUUAGGGAUCUAAGUAGAUUAAUGAUGCAACCCCUCUGGUUUCUUCUUACAUGCGGUUUGGGAGGAGACUUCAAGCAGUAAUAGAGGACCAAGGGUGGAUACCAAGUUACAACAACCUUGUAUCGAGUAUCAGAUUUCGGUAUUAGAAUGAGUGUAAAGGGGGUAAAUUCUACGUCUUACGUGUUUUUACAAAGUAUUACGAGCUUUACUUAUUUUGGUGAAGUGAUUGUCAUGGUUUGAUUUUGCUUAUGAUUGGUGAUUUUGAAUGAUGAGCUUUGAUUGAAGUGAAUAUGUAUGAGUCCUUAUUUACUUUAAAGCUUUACGUUAUGAGUUAUUGUUAAAGUUUAAGAAACAAUAACUCAUAACGUGAAUUAUUGGUGAUGAUUUGAUUGUCUUCUCGGACGGAUCAAAUUAUGGGUUCCAGAGGUUGAACGAGAUUCUAGCUCGAUUUAGGGUGCUAUCUGGACUAAAAGUGAAUCCAAGUAAAUGUGAAUUGUUUUUUGGGGGGAUGUCUGGCUCUGAACAGAAACUAAGGGCUGACAGAUAUGGGUUUGCUUUGGGAAGAUUCCCUGUGAGGUACCUGGGGGUCCCUUUAUCCUCAGGGAAACUUACUGUGGCAGCUUGUAAACCACUUAUUGAUAAGAUAGUUGCACGUAUAAGUAGCUGGAAGUCGGAGUUUCUUUCAUAUGCUGGAAGAGUAGAAUUGGUAAGUUCAGUCCUGUACAGCCUUCAUCAGUACUGGAUGGCAGGUUUUCCUUCUCCCUAAAGCAGUGAUAAAGGAACUGGAGAGUAUAUGCAGUAAUUUUCUUUGGGGGUGGGGGGGGGGGGGGGGGUCAGAGUGGUAGGGUGAAAGCUAAAAUAGGUUGGAAGAACCUUACUUACCCUAAGAAGGAGGGGGGCUGGGGCUAAGGGACCUUGCUACUUGGAAUAUAGCAUGUGUAACGAGGCAUUUAUAGCUCCUUUUAAUGCAACAUGCUUCUCUAUGGGUGGCAUGGAUAUGCUUAUACAAACUAAAAGGUCAGGAUUUUUGGGAAUAUGGUGGUGUUUCUGGAUCAUGGAACUGGAAAAGAAUCUUGAAAGUGAAGCAUAAGGUCAGAGGGCAUUUUCAUCAGCAAGGGCAACAGGUCUUUUGGGACCAGAAAAAAAUGGACAAAUUCUCAAUAAAGAGAAUCUGGGAUACUCUGAGACCAAGAAGGCAGGAAGUGGAUUGGUUCAAUCUGUUAUGGAAGGGUAGUUCUAUCACUCGCAACAAAUUUAUUACAUGGCUUAUCCUAAGUAAAGCUGUAACUACAAAGGAGAAGAUGGCUAAAUGGGGUUACUCAGGUAGUUUGGGAUGUGUGUUUUGUAAUUGCCAGCUUGAAACUACUGACCAUUUGUUUGCUAAAUGCGUGCUAUAUAGGUUUUUGAAGUGUCAGUUGUAUGGGAGUAGGUCUGGAGUCUCCUCUUCUCUAGACAAUGAGAUUGGCUGGUUAAGGCAGAAAUUUGGAUCAAAAUCUGUUGACUCUCAAGCUGGGAAGGCUUUGUGGCAGAGCCUUGUGAGUAUUAUUUGGCGAGAAAGGUGCAGUAGGGUAUUUACAGGAGUGUGCAGGGAUAUAGAAGUUUUGUGCAAGGUUAUUCGAGAGGAAGUAGUAGUGAUUUUUGGUAGACAAGUUUUUGACUCAUAUGUAUAGCGUUUUAUAGGUAAACUUGAAUAUUCCUAACUGGCAAGGAUGUUGCUAGUGCCACCUUUUUUGAUGGAAUGAGAGCAAACCGAUUCAUAAAAAAAAGUUUAAGAAACAAGUUCUUUUUAAGAAGUACUUCACCUUCAAGAAGGUGAAUCGUUUUAAGAGUUUUUAGUCACUAGCGCCAGUCUGUUUCCAUUUGAGAUUUUGAGAUAGAGCAGUAGUUUUGCUCUUGAGACUUUUAAAAUGAGCAAUAGUUAUGCUCUUGAGAUAUUUUAAGAUGAGCAGCAGUUAUGCUCUUGAGAAUCGUGGAAGAAGACCGUUCCACGAUAAGUUUAAGUUUAAGGAAAGCCAGGAUGGCUUUUCAUACGUAUGAGCUGGCAAUCGGACUAGCUAGUGAGGGAUCCCCGUGUCAGUCAAGAAUUUAAGUGGAGAUUUGAGCUUUAAGAAUACAGUUUUAAGAGUUAAGAUUUUUAAUAGUGGAAGUACAAAACAAGUUGCACUAAGUUACGUAAAGUGAUCAAGUAUUAAUAAGAUGUUAAACGUAAGGGCGUAGACUAACCCCAUCUCACUCACCAGUUUGAAGAGCUAGAGGAGGAGCUAGAGGAGCAGUGAGUGAGCAGUCAGUUCGAGGGCAGCCAGCUAGAGGAGGGCAGUAUAAGCGUCACAAAGGAUGCUUAGUCAAGGUUUUCAGUAGCAACGACAUUAGAGAUUAUUAGUUAUUUAUAUUUAUGGUUAUGAGUAUAAACUGGAGAUCAUUUUGAGAUUUUAAGUAUUGAGUUUGCCUACUUGUUAGGGCUUUGCUUUGAACUACAACAGUGUGUUUUCAGUAUUUUAUUAUGAAAUUUUCCCGCUACAAUUUAAGAUUUGGUUAUUUUAUUUUUCAAGGGCAUUUUAGUAAAAUUAGUGCUCGGCC